UAUCUGGUUGCAGAAGGUGAAUAAAAGACGCCAAUCUGCUCUGCCUUGUUUUUAUUAUCGACUUAACUUUUAUGCUUUCUUUAACUCGUGAACAAACUGUACUGAAGCAUUACGGUAUAGAUCAAACAAUGGAACAAAUAGUUCACCAACAGGUAAUUCAGGCUGCUCAGACAGUGGAAGGGAUUGUUGACAAAGAAUUAAAUCGUUUGGAGAACUUGGACCAAGAUGACCUUCAAAAAAUAAGACAGGAGCGUGUUAAAGAAAUGAAGAAACAAGCUAAUCGUCGAGAAGAGUGGAAGGUAAUUGGUCAUGGCAAAUAUGAAGAAUUGAAGGAUGAAAAGGAAUUUUUUGAUGAACAAAAAAAAAGCGAGAGAUUUAUAUGUCAUUUUUAUAGAGAAAGUACAUUUCGCUGCAAAAUAGUCGACAAACACUUAGAUAUAUUAAGUAAAAAGCAUAUUGAAAGUCGAUUUGUGAAAAUAGAUGCAGAAAAAUGCAUGUGGUUAGCUCAAAAGUUGAAAAUUAAGGUUAUACCAACCAUUGCUUGUAUUAAAGACAGUAAAACAAAGGAUUUUAUUGUUGGUUUUGAUGAUUUAGGUGGUACUGAUGAUUAUCCUACAGAAAUGUUAGAAUGGAGACUUGGAAUAUGUGACAUGAUUGACCACAGUGGCGAUAAACCAGUUCUGAAAACGAAAGCUUCUGCUAAAAUAUUUGGCUUUGCAGGAAAAUCCAAGAAUAUUCGAGGGAAUAAUGAAGAUUCGGAUGACAGUGAUGAUGAUUAUUAACGAUACCUUUUGAUUACAAUGUUUUAAUGUGACUCCUUACCCAGUUAAAUCUGUUGCAGAAUAACGUUAUUGUACCCAACAUUUGACCAUAUUCGUACCAAUAUAUAUUUAUGUUAACUUAUUGUUAUGCAACUAUAAUCACUGAGCAUGCAGGUUAAUAAGAAAAUUCUUUAAUA